AUGAACCGUUUAAUGUUAUUAGUGAAAACCUUACUACUAGUUGUAACAUGGACGGCAAACGGUGCAAAUGGAUGUUCCUGUUUUCCUCAACAUCCACAGAGUCAGUUUUGUGGUGCUGAUUUUGUUUUCUAUGGUAAAGUGUUGAAAGAACAAGUCAAGAAAGGCCCACCUGGAGAUAUUUAUGAUAAUGAAACAGGCCUUCACACCCGUGUUGACGGAGAAGUUAUUGUCCAGUCUCCAGGAAAUGGUGCUUUGUGCGGGAUGACCCUUCAAGUCGACCAACAGUAUGUUAUCAUGGGUCAUAGAGAUGGAAGGAAAAAGAUGAUAAGAUCAUGUGACUUUGUAAAGAAAACAAGUAGUUUGUCAUUUGAGCAAAUGUUUUACAUAUUUACCACUGGUUCAUAUUCAUACUUGAAAAACUGCAAGGAUGAAUGCAAUGACAUAAGCGAUAGUUCUAGAGGAUGCCACUUAUCACAUGACAACUUUUUUGCAAUUGAUUGUUUAUCUGGGUCAGCUUUAUGCCGUAAGGAGAAAAACGUUUGUAAAUGGUAUAAUGAUGAGAACUGUCCAUCAGUAACAUUCCGGCCAAACAACCCAACAACAACCACGCGAUCAAUCAUACGUAGUUAG